AUUAACUUGUGCGACAUUGAUUAGUUCCUGGUGUUUGCGCCUCAUCCGAUCUGGUCGGGCCCGAAUCGAUCGCUGAUCCCAUCCUUCUUCUCCUUCUUUCUACUUCUCUUUUUGUUUCUCUUCUCCAUUCCUCCUGCCCCCCCAUCGUCGCCCACUUGACACUAACUAAAACACACGCCUAUAAUCUCGUCUUCGACGCGCCCUUGAGGGACUAUUGGCGCUCCAGACCCGGGACUCUUGGCCGAGCCAGUGAGUAACCCCCCUCUCGAUGCCUGUGCGCGCCCAGAUGGACUGACGGAUUGCUUGACUGUCUGGCAUCGGAAUGUAGGCGCAUUCUCCUCCCACCACGCACUCGAUCCUCCGCCCCCGCCGCUGAAGGAAACAAUUCCAGGCAGCCCGCGGCCUUCGACAGGCGACCCGUUCGCUGUUCUUAUCUAGUCAAAAGAGAGAGCCCUUUCCUCACGCGAAAGCGAGAUGGCAUCUUUCAUCACCACAAUCAAUGCUCGCACUCGCGCGCCCUUCAAGCCGCGGUCGGCAGCCAAAGGCACCACCAGCUACCAACUGAGACAAUUUGCGGAAGCGACGCUCGGCAGCGGCAGUCUGCGCAAGGCCGUGAAACUGCCCGAGGGCGAGGACUUGAAUGAAUGGUUGGCCGUGAAUGUUGUCGACUUCUACAAUCAGAUCAACCUACUGUACGGCGCGAUCACAGAGUUCUGCUCGCCUCAAUCAUGUCCGGAGAUGAAAGCGACCGAUGAGUUCGAGUACCUCUGGCAGGACUCGGAGAACUUCAAGCGCCCGACGAAGAUGUCUGCGCCCGAGUAUAUCGAACAUCUGAUGAGCUGGGUGCAAAGCAGCGUCGAUAACGAACAGAUCUUCCCCAGCAGGCUCGGUGUUCCCUUCCCCAAAGCGUUCCCCAGUCUGGUGCGACAGAUCUACAAGCGUAUGUACCGAGUGUAUGCGCACAUUUACUGCCACCACUAUCCCGUGGUGGUGCAUCUCGGCCUGGAACCCCACCUGAACACCAGCUUCAAACACUACGUGCUGUUCAUCGACGAGCAUCGCUUGGCAAGCGGGAAGGAUUUCUGGGGGCCUCUGGGCGACCUGGUGGAUAGUAUGCUGCGGAGUGACUGAUUUGCGGCUGACAGGCGAACACACGAGAGGAUGAAGGAUGACGGGACUAGGGCGUUUGGGCGUGGAGGCAUUCGUAAAAGGGAACAUUUAAAGAAGGUCGUAGAGGCCGUCCGGCGUUUUUGUUUCGUUCUUGAUGAAGGUAUUGAGUUGAUGGGCAUUGCAGUUGCCGCUGUUCGAUGUUUGUAUGCGAAUGAAAGCAG